ACUAGUCGAGGAGAAACACCCGCUCAGCUGAACGAAAAUAAAGGUGUGGUAUCCGUCUUCUUGUCCUCCGUGCCUCCUUGGUGUAAUUAGGUAAGCUCCAGGGGGAAACGGGCCCUAUUUGGCCAACAAAUGGCGACUCCGCCGGGACUUCUCUCCCUGUAGAGGGCGCUGACCGGUGACCGAGGGCGAUUCCGAGGAGUGGCCACCUCGAGCCACUGGUUUGCUCGGGCCUCGGGUCGUUACAAUCGGUCGGGGCGGCUGCGUCCUCUCUAAGAAAACUCCUAACGACACGGAGGCGAGACGGUGCCAGAAGAAGGGGAAGGUCUAACAGCCGGACACGGCCACUCCGGGUGUUACAUCGAUACGCAGCACCUUUCCAGACCCUUCCCUUGGACCAACCCGUGCACUCCUUCCGGAUCGGUGAUCAGGUCCUUGUUAAAAAGUGGAAGCGUGAUCCCCUCACGCCACGGUGGGACGGUCCGCAUACUGUAUAGCUCAUCAGCCAGGCCGCCGUUAAGGUCCUUGGGAGCGACAAGUGGACGCACCAUACUCGAGUAAAGCGGUUCCUGAACCCUGACCCAGAGGACAACCUAACUGAAGAAGACAUCAGCCCUCUGUCCUCUCCGGCUCCGGAAGCCCGGAGUGCCACAGGCGAAGACUCUACCUGGGAGUACCAAGGACUGGAAGGACUAAAAGGACUGUUUAAAAGACAGAAACAAUGAAGCCAUCCUUUGUAUUUCUGUUAUGUAUGUUCAGUUAUUCAUAUGGUUGGGAAAAUAGGUUUAUGCAACUAGGGGAAAUAAUAGCAGAUUCCUUUAAUCUUACUAAUUGCUGGGUAUGUGGCGGUCCGGGAGAAUUGAAUGAUUGGCCCUGGGUAGCUCAGCCGGUACAGCCCAAGUGGUGGCUAAGUAGCUUAAGCAUAGUACAUAAGGAAACGGGAAGGUGGACUGAGGAUCAUGGCCCUUGGCGACUCUAUUCUGCUGGAGUAGGUGUCUUUUGCCUUAAUCGAACAAGACAUGAGGGAAGGUAUAUGGGGGAAAGUAAGUGUGAAUGGACUUUAUCUCUGGGAUUUGAUUGCUGGGAUCCCUACUGUCGCCCAUAUGACUGUUUUAAGUACCAAGGACGAUGGAACCUUACCCAUGUAAAGCUAACUAACAAUAGCUGGGUAAAAUGUUCCUACUGGAAUCACAGGGGCGAUGGUUGUAAAGCAGUAGGAUUGGAUGGGUACUUUGAUGCCCUCUUUCUAAGUUGCCAGCGAGAUAACACCACUAACAAGCACCAUGUGGUACGGUGGUAUCAGUGGGCAUGGCAACACCUUAAUGGAACCCGAGUUACCCAUUUUCGACAAUUUUGGGCUAGUACCAAUAGCCCAAGAUUUGGUUGUAAUUGUGUGUGGAAGGCAGGGGCUGGAGCGUGGAAAUGUGACUACUGUAACCCAAAUGUAGACAAAUUCCUAGGGGGACCUAUAGAAUCAGGUAACGCUUUAUAUUAUGAGGAACCGGGCCCCGCCGAUUCUCCUGAGACCUGGGAUGGCCCCUUUGCCAAUGGGAUCUGGGCCUUAAAAGGCCACUAUUGGAUCUGUGGAUCCUAUGCUUAUCGUAGAUUGCCUCCAAACUGGUCGGGAAUAUGUUACAUAGGAUAUAUUAGGCCUCUAUUCUUUUUAUUACCUCAAGCCCAAGGAAAUAAAUUGGGAGUUAAAGUUUAUGAUGAUUUAGUUAGAGAAAAAUGGUCUUUGGAUUCCACUUUAACCGCCGGAAGUUCCCAAAAUUGGGGAGCUCAAGAAUGGCCCCCUGAAAGAAUCAUCAAACAUUAUGGACCGGCCACCUGGAAUCCCAGUGAGCUUGUAACUGGGGCCAGGGAACCAAUUUAUAAUCUAAAUCGAAUUAUUAGGCUACAGGCUAUCUUGGAAAUAGUAACCAACCAAACAGCUGCAGCACUAGACCUCUUGGCCGAUCAAUCAACUCAAAUGAGACACGCAAUUCUCCAGCACCACAUAGCUCUUGACUAUUUGCUAGCAGAGGAAGGGGGACUCUGUGCAAAACUUAAUGAAUCUAACUGCUGCUUACAAAUAGACGAUAAUGGCCAGGCAGUAAAACAGUUAACUAAGGAAAUAAGGAAAAUAGCCCAUGUCCCAGUACAGACCUGCGGCGGUUGGGACACAGAUUGGUUUACCUCCUGGCUACCACAAUGGGGAUGGUUACAAAAAGGUUUCCUCCUUUUUAUACUCUUUAUCACCAUCCUAUUAACAAUUGCUUGCUUCACCCCGUGCUUAAUUGCAGUGGUCCGAAAACUGGCUGGUCAAGUUACAUAUCAACAAAUGAUGAUAUUAUACAAGCCGGAAGGAACUGAGGUGCAAGGCCCAUAAGCUCUUAAAAUGUUUUUAAGGGGAGGAAACUUGAUGGAAAAGGCCUAAAAAUUAAAAGGCCUGCAAUUUCGGCUUCUGCUUUUUCUGCUUUUAGCUAAAGGAUGGGCCUAGGGAUU